GGUAAGUGCGAAUAAUUGCCCGGACAAGAUGCAAGAUGUACAGUGUGCUCACCGUGGUGGGGAUUAACUUAUCUCUCCUACCUGAUAACGCGUCUCGUGCGCUUUCGUUAUCUCCAAAGUCCACUCGCUUUUUACAAGGCCGGAAGAUUUUGGAGCAUAAAACAAUUGAUAUUGUAGCUGAGAUUUUUUGCUCUUGUCGGACGGAGAUGCCGAAUGUUCGUUAUCGUUUUUAAUCACCUUUUUCGUUUGCAAAUCUCGUCUCAACGACUGUGACAACGUUUAUCUCUCUUCAAAUGGAAUUCGGUCCGUAUGAUUCCAUCAAAUCGUGGCGCAUUUGCUUUUGUCAGAGCUGCUCGGUGUCUUUCCCGGUAGUUCACCCUGUUGAUGCUUUCCUAACGUCUUCUCUCCAUAGCUGAAAGCAUUCAAUCCAGACGCUUAUCUUUUAGUAAGCUUUUUCUAUAUUCCGCUCCCUCCCAUAACUUCCUAUGUCUGCUAUCGGCACCUUGGAUGGCACAGACGUUCUGUCAACGUUCGUGGUGUGAUUCGUUGGAUUCCUACCAAACCCCCAAGGCUCAUGCCAUCGCACUGUUUAGGAUCAGCGUCUGACAGCGGUGUGAUUCUCUCUCGCAGCGAAGACUUAAUGCACCUCAAUGGCACUCACACAGACAACAUUCAGACAUUCAUCUUCUAAUAUUGGUUGCAUUUUAUCUCCUUUUUUAACUUCUUAUUUUCCCUGAACAACGCCACACCUAGACUCACUAUCACUUUCGCCCACCUGUUUGCGUAGAGUUGCAUUCACAUCGGAGCGAACGCUAUCGCAACGAUGACAGGUAGCUAGUUAUUUUCACCUUAUUUUCAGCCACUUCACUACACAUUUGUGUAUGUCUCAACACCAACACCCACAUGUAUGUACAGACACUCUGUGCAAAUGCAAAUAAAAACUUCGAGCACUACACCAAGACUCCCUCUCCCCUGAUGCCAUUGUGCUUGCAGCCAGCUGGGGUGUAAAUUCUGUUUGCGAAGGACACCAUUAUCCAGCGUGUCUGUACACUUACUUUUUGUCUACUCGGGUCUUCCGUCGUCUAGCAGCGCCAGAUCUCGUUGCCCCGCCAGAUCUAGCUCGGUACGACGAAAUGUCUGCGAUAACAGUCCCGAGAUAAGUCCCUCGCUAUCAAACAGCAAACAGUGCAGCAUUAGUUCUGCUCUAUUCGCUUGCAAAGUCAUGCAGAACUCGAAGUGUCUGGACAUAUACCUUACUGGAGGAAUGCAAUGUCCAGCUUCCUACACAUUAUUUUCACAUCUCUCUACCUCACAUGUAAGGGACGUGAAGUUAUGGCUUGGAGUUUCUGCUUUGCUGUCUUCAUUGCUACCAAUUGUAGAUUUUAUUUUAAAUUCAAAUUGGAAAUCAUUUCAAGAGCAAAAAGCCUUUUUUCAAAUGUUUGCCUUCUAAAACGAUUCGUACAAAACUACGAUGCACAAGUUUUGACCGAUAAGAACAUCAGCCUCGUGGCAAGCAAACCGAUGGCGCACGCCUCACCCAGUGCCUCGCAAGAGCAAAUAAGGUACACACGUUUUACAAGCCCUGCCACUGCCAUCGACACGACCAUCUGCCGCAUCUUAUCUGAUCUUAUCUGUGCAAACGUUGCUGUGCAUGGUUUGAUAACAGAGUCCAUCCAGCAGGCUUGGUUACCUCCAAGCCCCGGAAGACAUUCAUCUUUGUUGACUGGCCUGGACGAGGUGGGACGUUUCGUGCUCGUGAUUGUUAUUCAGAACUUUCUUGUGCUUUUCAAACAAUUUUGUAGACAUUUUACAUAUAGCUUUUUAAAGCUCGUUGAACACAGUACACAUUCAUAUUCUUAUGUAUGUUUCAUAUAUCUUUUAUAUUCUAAGUGCUAUAAAUCAUGCAAUGGAUAUUCUAAUUUCUAUAAAUCUUGUGUUUGAAAUGUGUUGAAAAUUCCGUUUGUAUUACUUUUCAUUAUCUAAAUAUAAAACUAAAGUCUCUGUCAAUAAUUUCUUGAACACAAAUGACUGUUUAAAGAUUUAUUGUUUCCCUAACAUUUAAAAAUUCCCUCAAAUAAUAUCGUUUCAAGAUCCGUGUACUAACUUUAAAUACAAGCUUAUUUUUACCCUUUUAUCGUCAUCUUAACUUGUUUGAUUUUGCCAAGCAAAAACUUGCUGGAGAGUUUUUUUGUGUUUCACCAUUUUACACAUAGCUAUUGAUUUAUCACGACAAGCUUUUACCGCAGUAAAGCAUAUCAGGAUCGAACACAAAACAAACCACCACUCUUAUCCUCCCCGGUUGGUGGACAAAUGAUUUUUCGAACGAAUGAAUUCCGCUCAACACCUUAAGUCAAUGUAUUGCACUCCGACAAAAAAAAACAAACCCCUCCUCUGCACACUAUUUCAAUCUUCCAAUAGCAAAAGCUAAAUAGAAGCAGACUAGCCAACUGCCCGUGUAACAGAGCAACGUUGCAAGAUCAGAAGGUGUGUUGUGCCUUUUUCCCUCACACCCAUGUGUCUGGCACUGGUUGUUCGGAAAACAAGCCGACCACAGCAAAAAAAAAACACGCUCGGAAAAUUCGCUCCACCAAGUACACACAAUCAAACAUACAUCCAUACACACCCGCUGUGUGUGUGUACGGGAUUAAAAAACAAGCACCUAAAGAUGUGGAACUGGCAGCAUAAAAAAGAACGCUAGAGAGAAAAAAAUAAAUAUACGCCGGCCCGCGCGCCGCACACACAUAAAAAUGGCAUCAUUUAAUCAUUCCUUAUCGCGUGUGUCCCCCCGGUCGUGUCCCCGACGGUGGAGGCUGCACCAGCGGAAGGAAAACCAAACGGUUUGCUGUGGAAAGCGAAAGAAGCAAAGGGAUGGAGAAAAUUGUACUCCCGGGACCGGAGCUUAAGGCCGCGGAAGCGCGUUGAACCGUGGGAGCAGGUCAAAGAGAAAAGGAGAGUGAGAGAGAGACUUUUAAAAAAUCGCUCACACAUACACACACACAGAGCACAGAGUCCCAGCCUGUGGGGAGCACGUGCUGCAGAUUCGGUGCUGCAAAACCGACGCCAGUGCGAUAAGCAUUACCGGUGUGCGCUUUUUUCUCCGCGCCGCGCUUUCCCGCGUCACAUUCACGCACGCACGCCGAAGAAAAGGCCGCGGAAAUGUCCACUUUAAAGCAGCGCACCGGUUUGCACGGAACACAGCCGGGAAGCUGAGGGGCCAACUAUACUUCAACUAUUAUUUAAUCCACUUCUCGGCAGCGUGCUCUACCUGGGCACAGGGGUCCUCCCGUAGACGCUUGCAGCACCGGAAGGAACUGAGGUAAAAUGGUUCGGAUGCAGGAAAACUUACCGAAAAUGGUUGGGGGAGUUGCUUGGCCAAAAAAAAGGACGAAAAAAUCGUGCGCUGAAAAACGGGUCCGAUAAGAAACUGUUAUAUAUAUAGAGUACUUUACUCUUUUUUUUCUUAUUCCUUCGUUUCGCUUUCAUUCAUACCCAUCCCCCACACUUUCAAACACUACGCUGCGGUUCAUCAUACAAAAGGGGGGAAAGGGUAACUUAAUCCGCUGGGCAGAGACGCUUGCUUCGGUUGGGAGAUGGUGGCGGCACGAAGCAAUGGCGGUCAGCAAGACGACCGUUUCAGGUGCAAAUGUCACCUUUCUGCACUGCUCCUAUCGUUGCGUUUAGUGUUUUUGGAAAAAAGUUCAACAUUUUUGUCACAGCACAAGUCAAAAGGAGCAGGUUUGCGAAAAGCGAUAAGAAAUUCUUCUGACAUAAACUACCGAGAGUCGCUAACAUUUUACGUAUAAAAUAAAUCUGAUCAACUAUAUAACAAUUACAUAACCAUGUGCGAUUGAAAAUAAUGUUUUUGCACAAAUCACGAGAAGAUAAAAAAUAAUAAAAUUUAAAUUACGUAGCCACCUAGCUAAAAAUUCUUGUACGAAGCUUGCACUACCAGCCACCAGAUGCGCUAAAAUGGCUCAAUAUUACACCAACGAGUAAACGUCGUGUACCCCGGCCUUAACCGCUGAUACUGACUUACUAGCGACAUCUAUUGUUGAGUGUCAGGUGAUGAUCGCGAAAAAGACAUUUUUUAGACAGAAAUUGCAGGUUAUUGAGGCGCUGUUUCUUAAAUGUGCUGAGCAGUUGAAUUGUUCUUUUAAAAAACUUUUAGUUUUUUUUUAAAUUUAAAAAUCCGAAACUAUACAUGCGAAAUGUUUCAAUUCAUACCUACAUAAAGCCAACGAAUAAAUGUGUAACCGAUUAGAAAACAUUUGCUAGAAGAAAAAACCAACAGCUCUGCAACCAUUUGGCUACACGAUUCCUUCGGCCACUGAUAUCUACUUUAAACUGUAACCCGCCACCCGCGCAGAACGUUAAAAUCGCCAUCAAACUCCUAAUCGAAUCACCAGCACACCAUCUCUCUCGGCCAAACGGUACACGACGGAUGCUGCUGCAUGCCGCACGAUAAGAAGGCACCGUAAGAAACUGACGACCGAAGCAUUCAUUGUACGUCCGUAAACGAAUCGGCUCAUCGGAUGGUGCAGUUGCAGGCAAGCAGGGUGGAUGAAUUUUCUUAACACUCCUCUCAUUACCUCCUGUCCUGCUUCCAACCAGCAGUCGAAUGCAAGUUUGCAUUUCCCGGCACAGCGCCGUAAAGCUUCAUGGCGCAACACAAAUGUGCUACAAAAUGGUGACACCGAUAAGGGUUGAAAGUUUUCCUCUAUAAAAAUAGCAUUCCUUAUCGCUUUUCACUUUUUGGCACGGCUUGCCAGGUUGCUACUUGAGCGUCCUUGCGCUCCUGUGUCCUGUGCUACAAAGGGCUGUUCCCUUUUUGUUUUUUUUUGCUCAGACACACGGAAAAAAGUAAACAAGUUUUAUGCAUUAUUUUUUUCCUGCAAAUGUGUGCAAAUGCCCGAAAACUGACAUAAUCGCGCUUAGGAUGUAUUUAAGUUUAGACAGUUUGCUCGAAAAUGUUAUCGUACUUGAAGAUCAAAAUAACAUGAUAACAUAGUGGUUAUAGUAUCUUGUUUAUCUGAUUUGUAUCGCCUAAUGUAGUCACUCUAGUCCUAAAACCCUUUUGUUCCCUCAUAAAAGACUCACUUCCUUCAGUUGCAACACCAGCAACUGUACAGAUACCCACUUCAGAAACAAAAAGAAGACACAACAACAAAAAAUGAUAUCUAUUGCAAGAACUCACUUAAAUCAAGCUCAUAAUUAAUUCUCAUUACAACAUUCGCGCACGAUCCCCCAGUCUUACCACUACAAUGCUCGUAACGCUUACGCACGUAACGCUUACGCAGGUGUGAGUGUUCCAGAGAGAGCGCACACAACCCGCGCGAAGCGGUUAGGGUUUAGCGUUUGCGCAUCCAUUCAUGGUCAGUUAUUUGUGGGAACGGUAUUAGAGCUGCACCGGCAGGCACAUCAAUUGAACUUCCUCCGGUGUCUGAUUAAUACGAGUCUGGGGUUGAUUAGUACGGUGUGAGCUGUCGAUCGACGUAGUCUAGUGUGUGAGCUUUACGUGCAGUGUGAAACAGAUCGUGGUGCCGAAGGAAUAUCAGACCGGAACUAACAUCCGUACACCAAGCUUGGAGAUGCCGGAGCAUUCCAAAACCGGAAACUGCAGCCAGAUACCAAAGGAUAAGAAACACGAGACAGCCCCACCUUCGCGUCAGGCUAGCGAGAAGAAGCACAAAUCGCAUAACCAUUCAAAUCAUGCCUCGCUGCAAGAAACCAACACUUCAUCACGCACAUCUUCAUCGUACACUAAACACACGCGAGGCAGCAAUAGCAGUCACGAUAUGAAAUUGCGUGCAUUGAAAAAAGUGAUCUGUAACAAAUGUGGCAAAGACAUACACGAAAAAUUCCACAUAAUUCACACGAAAAAUUGCCAGCGUAAACGGGAAUCGAACAACAAGUAACCACAUGUUGACGUGUAGUAAAUAAAUAAAUUAUUUUAUGAAAAAAAACCCAAAGAACCAUUUGCAUGUUUUAUUUAACAUUUACAUAAAUUGCUCGAGUUGUUUAUGUAAAAAACCUUCACAAAUCGGUAUGUCUGGUAAAUCCGCUAAAUCGGUAUCCGGUAUAGGUAUGAAAAUACGUUCUACAAAAUGAAACAUUGGCUAGCCGUCAUCAUCGGGCAUCGUCGUAGCCUUCAACCCAGACCCAGCCACGAUGUACCACACACUAUCAAAUGAGACUCAACGUGCGCCACCGAGGAAGCUGCCGUUUUCCUGUUCUUAUUCUUACAUUAUCGCACCCACCUCGCCUGGGUGCUGCUGCAUUCUUUUCAUUGCCACGUGUCAUUGCAGGCUGUGAGACACGGCCAGUGUUUUUUUCUCUAUUGUGCGUUGGUACGUGAAUGUGUUAAAAUGUUGUAUUUCAUUUCAUUUAACCUUCUUACGCUUAUGAUUCCAAAACGAAACUGAAACGUCUAAAAAGCUGCAUACCUAUAGUUAUUAUUAGAUUAGAUUAAAUUGAUUCCGCGCGAUUCACUCGAAUGUCAAAGGGUUCUUCUUCUUUGGCUCAACAACAGAUGUCGGUCAAGGCCUGCCUGUACCACUUAUGUGCUUGGCAUUCAGUGACUAAUUGAUUCCCCCCAUAGCAGGAUAGUCAGUCCUACGUAUGGCGGCGCGGUCUAUUUCGGGAUUGAACCCAUGACGGGCAUGUUGUUAAGUCGUACGAGUUGACGACUGUACUACGAGACCGGCUCGUCAAAGGGUUAGACUGUGUCUUACAAACAGCGUCAUGAAAUGUCAAAGGAACACUGAAAUCUUUUCUUCCGAAUCCACGUGUACAACAUUUAAUAUUUCAAUUACUGUCACACACCGUGGAAAGAUCAACACACGUGUUUUUUUUAUUGAUAAGUAAUGGCAUCAAAUACAAUUAAACGAUAGAAUAACAUUUAACAUUUAUUGCUAAGCUAUACUAAAUGUCGUGUGGAGCACCCGAAAGAGGGUACGUCCCUCGAUUCACUGGACAACACACUUUUCCCCCCUCAUUGACGAGCCAUCAUCCGUGGCGCUGGGCGUCAGUGGUCAGUGUAUCAUAAUUUCACAAUUAUCAAUCGUUUUUUGACCACCAACUUAGCGUUUUAACCCGCUGCACUUAACAAAGAAAAUCAAUCAAACCGGCAAGGGUCUCGCCGCAUCGACAUGUUCACAUAAGCAAAUCGCACCAACACUAACAACCGUGGCUUUGCGCAACCGAAACUGUGUUUGUGGUCGGACUUUUACAGGACCGUGCGCGCAUGUGUCAUAGUGUGCGUGUGCGGCUCAAAUAUGACAGCUUCGCGCGACACCGGUUCGUAGGAGCUCGCGCAGCAGCCAGCCAUCAGAUAAAGGCAAGAUCCCGAAGCGAUAGCAUCGGAAAAGGCAAGACUCUACCUCAUAAAACAACUUUGGAGAAAAGUCAUAGCAAGAUGGAACACGCUCAAGCGAACAAGCUACAAAGCAUCAUUGAAAAGAAACGUGCAAUGGUACCUUGCAACACGCCUCAAGUAAUAUCGCCUAAAAAGAAGGAAACUAUUUUUCUGUCAAUGCACGAAGCAAACCCCUUGGAGAUAUCGAUAGACGAAGAGUUUAAGAUGACUGUACUCAGACGUGACGCGUCUCCAGCAGUUGAUGAACACGUACAGACUGUGUCUACAGGACCAAGGGUUAAGGCACAGCAGUGCGCUUUUUCAUCAAGACACUCUUCCGAAAUGGGUGGUUAUAUAGCAGAACCAAACAGCGAUGUAAGUUGUACAGGCCUUACAACUGAAGCAAAAUUGUACGAUAAUGAUUUCCAGAAUAAUAUCUUUAUUACUGAUUCAAUCGUAAACGACACAAAUUGCUUGGGUUUACAUAACAAUAUUCAUAGUACUUCAAAAGUACCAGCAGAGAGCACUUCUGUGCCGAGCAAUAUUGAUAAUGCUCCAAAGGUAUCAACAACAACCCACCCAAGCACUGAUUCAACAAACGAUUCUUAUGUCGGUAUUGGUUCAUUUAAUGUAAAGAACUCAGACUGCACUAGGGUAGAGUCGAAUACUGAUUCGUACAUUCAAGCUACACCAUGUUAUCCAACUGAUAUUGCAGUGGUGCGCCAGCAACCGACCAAUGUAUUAAACAAUUGUUCAGCAUAUGCUAGCGAUACCGAAGAUAAUUUUUUCUCCAACCUAUCAACACAAGCACAAGAUCAUGUACAAAAUGAAUUUGGUUCUGGAGACGACAGGGCGUUCAGCACUAUCUCGAAUGAUAUUGUAUUUUCUUCCCAGAGCAACGACGACAGUUACUAUCCAAAAUCAAUAGAACAUGAUUCUUCGGAUUCCAUAAGCACUGAUGCUGAGAAAAGUGAUAGCAAUGUAGGGCAGCACACAAUAGGCAUGGAGGGCUUUCAAAUAAAUAUAAAUUUGGAUUUAAUUGCUACAGAAACUUGUUUGCGGUGGAUCAAUUCUGACAAGGAAAAUACUCGACAAAAGCUAAAUCUCAUGCAAUGUGGUACCGAAAUUCUGAGCAAACGGUUCAAUUUGCAUCACAGUGAAUGUUCAAAGCUGUCUCUUUUAUCAUCAAUAAAACAAAUCGGUAACAUAAAUCAGGAUAGUCAGGAUAGAUCAUCAUCAUCAGAUCAAAUUAGAAUGAACCCCCUUUCUGAUGGAGCCAGUAGUCCAAACAUAAGUAGAACUUCGACAACACCAAUCGAUCAAGAUCAAUAUAUUCAAUCUUGCACACAAACAUUAGAGAAAAACAAACUAAAUAUAGAUAUCAUUUCUACCAUAACAUGUUUGAGGUGGAACACCAUUAACGCAAAUUCUACUCCGCUACAACAAACUCAAGCAAGAUUGGCCAGAACAGUAUUAAAAAAACGUUUCAGGUUGACCGACAGUCAGGCAUUUAAUUUAACGAUAGCUAACUUUAAACAGCUGGUUGAUAACAAAGCUUCAGCUUCUGAUAGGAAUGACAAAUUAUCCUUAGGCAAAGCAAUGCUACCGCAAAUGACGAAACAAAAAUCGAUCACAGAUGGGCUCAGUAUAGAAAUAAGCCAGUCCGCUGGGAAAAGAAAAACAAACUCAAUGAAAACCAGAAUAUUGAAGCGGCGUAAAUCAGUUUCUUUUGUAGACUACACUGUCGCUAGUUCUGAUGAAAACGAUGAGGUUCUUAAGGAAGUGGAUAAUGAAAGUAGAUCAGCGCGAAAACGUAUAUCUGAACUGCAACAGGAUCCUGAUUGGCGCCCAUCUCAUCGGCAUAAGAUCCUGAUUGGCGCGGCAAAGGAUUCUGAUAGCUCAGAUGAAACUAGAUCAGACGAUUUAAGUUUUGAGCAUGACCAACAUGUGCCAAACUAUCAAGGAAGAACAACGGUAGAGUCAUCACCUUCUAGCUCUGAUAAUGACGAUCUUGACGUAGCAAAUAGUAAUAAUGGUGAUUCAACGACCUUUCCAAUUCGUUUGUUUGAAGAUGACGCAUUACUUAGCCAAAAUAUGGACCUGGGUGCGAAAACAAACCCAAGUAAACCUACUGUUGCAUCUGCUAUGUUCACCAAACAAGAAAAUUUUACCCGCGAUCAGGUAGAUGAUAAGGAAACAAUUAAUCAAACAGAGAAAAGUACACUAGCGACAAAAAAAGUCCGUAAACCAAAGUAUGACUGUCCCGAGGCUGACUUUGACACACCUUCUUCUUCUUCCAUCGAAACUGAUAUGUCGAUAUGUCAGGACGUUAAUGCAAAUGCCAACUAUUCAAAUCAAUUUCCUACACAAGAGGAUACAGAGAGCCAACAACCAGUUUGUUCAACACUAUCUGCUUCACCUGCAUUAUCAAAUACGAAUCAGAAUUAUACAAAACCACAACUAGAUUCAUUGUAUGUUGCUUCAUUUGACGAUACCCUGGACGUUAAUGCUACUCAAAAUGCUACUAACAACAUAGAAUCUCAACAUACUUUAGAUGUGGACAGUAGUACACAUGCCCCGGCAUUAUGUGAAGAUGAUUUAGGCACUACAUCUUGUGAGCGAAAAGAUUCGGGUAAUUUUAACGAUCAUUGUCAAGCACAAAACCAUGAUCCAAACCAGACAAUUAGAAGAACUUUUUGCACUGUUGCUGUUGAUCAUCCAUACGCACACAUUGAUACUUUAUCGAAAAUGGAUACGCAGCAAUCCCAACUGCCUGCUUUUAAAGCUGUGUCUAGCACAGCAAACAAAAAUGAAUGUGUUAAAAAAGGAGCAGCAGAAACUACAACCGGAAACAUCAGUGUCGUACUGUCGGAAUCAAAAAAUAAGAAGCCCAAUAAUUCUCAUUUUGUAAAUAAACAUAUGAUCUACACAGAUUCUGUGAGCAAACCGACGAUAGAGUCAGAGCUAUUGACAACUGCGAAUCUUACAACAACUGAUAACUCCAUCACUUCCGCUCAAGACAACGAAUUAGGAGUUGCCCAAGCGAAGAAAAGAUAUCGUAUAAAGCACACGGAACGAAAGCAAAACCUAGAAACUAACAAACUUAUUCCGACAAGAUCACCAACGAUGCCGCCUAAAAUUAACAUUAAACCCCAAAACAAAAAUAUGCCCAGUACACCCAACCGCCCAGUUUCAUCUAUAAAUUUCUUACUUUGUGAAAACGUGACUUCUAAUGAAAGAAUGAACAUGCCGUAUAAAAGAAUGCCUCGUUUGAAGUACACGGCGUGUAAAAUCACAGGCGCAAAGGAUCCGACUUCAUCUGCAACCAACGACACGCUAGCUUCUGGUGACAGUUUGUCAGAUUUUGUUAUUCAUGAAAAACUUACUAAAAACAAUCCUGCCAUUAAUAGUGUCAUUACCACACAAAACGCUGACGUAAGCAUGGAAGGAAACGUGAAAACGAAAACACCAACAACACAACCGAUAGAUAACGUUUCAUUCGUGGUAAAGGGAAUCGAGGCAUCUAUUAAAACAAAUCUACCCCCCUCUAAAGAAAAUAUGUCUAAAAGUAGCGUACAAGUUGAUUCGCGAUGUACAGUAGCUGCUCCAAAAACUGCAGAAACAUCUAGGUCUAUUGAUUCCUGCCAGUUAUUAACAUUGCAACCGAUAACGUGCGAAUCAAAUAAUGAACCGAACAAUUCGACGACCAAUAGUUUGACUCAAAUGUCAUCUCCUCCAGAGGAAAACUUAAAUGUAAAUAACUUGCACAGCCCGUCACUAGCUGAAGCAAACGUAAAAGAAAUACCAUGUAACAACACGCAACCAACAGCUUCAGAAAACAGACAACGUCACAUAUCCGUAUUGGUCACUGAUAAGUCUGAAGAUUUCCAUGCAGGUUCAAACCUUCUCUCAGACAAAAUUGCUAAUAAUAACCCACAAGAUGCUGAUCUAGACAAACAAACAAACGAGUCUGAAAACAAUUCAAAUCCACAGCAACCCCAGGAAGAAAAUAUUAAGUCACAUACAAAUGCCAGAGAAAUUUAUGCAAAAGUAUGCACAAAAAGCCCGAAAUGCAUAUCUGUGUCUGGGAAAGACAUACAUGCAGAUUCAAUAGUAUGCACAGAAAAAAUAACCUGUAAUAGCACACAAAGUUCAAAACAUUCUCUUUCAAGUUUGCGUAACACCGAUCAAGAGAAAAAUCCGGGUCCUCGAUCUAUGAAAAGGAAGGCAAAUUCAGAACAAAAUAUUAUUGGUAAUGGUUCAAAAGUACCAACAGCACUUGAUAAAAAUUUACUUACAAUUGUAGCCUGUCCUGAAAAUAUUUUACAUAGCUCACACGUAGGUCCUAAGUUACCCGUAACAUCUACUACGAAAUGUACUAGUAGCUGUAAACAAACUUAUCUCGCCUCACCGACAUUACCAUCAAUAUCAUCAGAAAGCAACCAAAAAAUUCUUUCCUCUGAUGACAUUUCAAUACAAAACCCUUCUCUUUCAAAAGAAGUAUUUAUUAACAGCGUGCAAACCCUGCAUGAAACAAACCCAAUAGUCGAAGAAAUGUCAAAGAACACUAAUGGGCAGAACAUAUCAGCUCAUGAAGAUUCUACAACUUCCUCUAGAAACUUUACAAUUAAUAGCUUCCAGUGCUCAGAAAAUACACUUCCGUAUAAGAAACGAAGGCUCAGCUUAAUGCUACCUCUCACACCUACUUCCUCGAAUACAUCGGUAGAGCAAGUUACAAGAUUUACGACAAAUUUAGCAUCUCCGAACAAUAUUUCAAGCAAAAGUUCAAGUCAUUCAGGUCCAAUCCAAACUACGGAAUCUGCAUUGAAUAUCGGUGGUGCAGUAAGAAAUAAUAUUAUAACUUCUUUUAGAAACACACAAACACAUCCUGAUACAAUACAUCCUGAUGAUGCAUUGCCAUUGAGCCACGCCAAAUUCAGCCCACUAACACGUCGACAAUCUCUUGAUAUUUACAGUCACAGUCAGUUUAUCCCAGAAAUACAAUCAAGACAACGGCAAUGUUCACACUUUCUUCCCCAAGUACUGUCUAAUAUAUCCAAUAACAACAACCAUUAUGAAACUACAGCUGCAAGUUCUUCUUUUGAUAGGGCGUUGAAAUUACAUCAAAACCCAAUGAUUUUCUUAGAUCUACUUACUGUUCAAAACACACCUGAUCAAGUACAGCUUGAUAUUAAUGAAUUUCAAAAUGCGCAAAGAGCAACAUCAACUCCACUCACCAAUUUAUCACGGACAACUUAUUCUACUCAAUCUUCAGAUCAAUCUAACACAGAUCAUUCUACAAGUUCUCGUCAACCACAACACUCAAACACGAAUACGAGUUCAAAGGCGAAUGUGGAAAGAAUCAAAGCCAAACGUAGGCGUGACAGAAAGCGUAAUCAAAGGAAUAUUGACACAUACGGUUCAAACACACAUCAAACAACAGAACGAUCUAAAAAACGAUCUGAUUAUGACAAUUUCCGUGUACGAGAUGAUCGAAUGAGAGAAACUCCAAAUAGUAUUCUUACACGUCGAAAAUCUGUAGCCACUCACACUCCAACUCAAUUUGCGCAGCAAUCAACGAUACGACAGAGAAGAAAUUCAUUCUACAAUUCCAAUGUACUGUCCAAUAUAUCCAACAACAAAAACCAUUAUAAAACUACAACUGCAAGUUCCUCUUCUGAUAGGGCUCCAAAAUCACAUCAAAACCCAAAACUUUGUUUAGAACCGCUUACUGUUCAAAACACACCAGAUCAACAACAGCGCGCGAAAGAUUCGCAAAGAGCAACAUCAACUCCACGCACCAACUCAUCAAGAACAUCUUAUUCUACUCAUUCUUCAGAUCAAUCUAUCACAGAUAGCUCUCAUGAUUCUUGUCAACCACAACGCUCAAACACACCUUCUGUGAAUCUGGAAAGAAGCAGGGCCAGACAUAGACAUGACAGAGAGCGUAAUCAAAGGAAUAAUGACACAUACGAUCAAAACAGAACAGAACGAUCUAAAAAACGAUCUGAUUUUGACCAUUUCCGAGUAAGAGAUGAUCGAAUCAAAGAAACCCCAAAUAGUAUUCUAACACGUCGAAAAUCUGUAGCCACGUAUUACCCAACACAAUUGGAACUGUACAAUGUAUCCAUCAACAACUACCAUUAUAGAACUACAGCUACAAGUUCCACCUCUGAUAUGGCUCCAAAAUCACAUCAAAACCCAAAACUUUGUUUAGAACCGCUCACUGUUCAAAACACACCAAAUCAACAACAGCGCGCGAAAGAUUCGCAAAGAGCUACAUCAACUCCACGCACCAAUUCAUCAAGGACAUCUUCUUAUUCUACUCAUUCUUCAGAUCAAUCUAUCACAGAAAGCUCUCAUGAUUCUUAUCAACCACAACGCUCAAACACAUCUUCUGUGAAUUUGGAAAGCAGCAGGGCCAGACAUAGACAUGACAGAGAGCAUAAUCAAAGGAAUAUUGACACAUAUAGUCAAAACAGAACAGAACGAUCACAAAAACGAUCUAAUGAUGACAACUUCCGUGUACGAGAUGAUCGAAUCAAAGAAACUCCUAAUAGUAUUCUAACACGUCGAAAAUCUAUAGCCACGUACACCCCAACACAAUUGGCACUGUUCAAUAUAUCGAUCAACAACCACCAUUAUAGAACCACAGCUACAAGUUCCACUUCCGAUAGGGUGCCGAAAUCAGAUUUUCCUAAUUCUCGUCAACGACGACGCUCAAACACAUCUUCUGUGAAUAUGAGAAGAAGUAGGAAAAUGCGUGGUAAACGUGGUGGCAGAAAAGCAAACCGAAAGAGAUAAAAUUCAGUCUGCGAUUGCAAUGCAAUUAUAUUUAUCACACUACGUGUGUAAUAGGCAUUCGACAUCAAGCGUCACAACAGCUUCGGCUAAGUUUCCAAAUUUGUGUCCAGACGCAACCUUUCCCUCAGCUGCUCAACCAGCUCCCUAACAAUGACCCUAACAUGACUCUAGAUGCACAAUAUUUCUCAUGGUAGCUCAACGUAAGACAAGACCUUUAACUGGUACAGAGCUCGCUUUCUUCAACCAUUCUCCUUAUAUCUCAAUUCCAACCUGGCUUUACCUUAGCAAAGGAUUGGCUAUCCGGCUGCGUUUCACUGAAUAAAGUCUUUAAAGCCUGUAUAGACCGGCAGGUCCGCGUAUGACGUUUACGCCAAAUAGAAGAAGGACCGGUUUCUCAGUUUUUGAUCCAGAAAAAUAGUAUCAUUUAUAUCAAACUAUUUUCUUACAUAUUAAAUACUGUUCCUCUGGAACUUGUCUCAUCCGUCGUUGGUAGCUCGAUCACUAAACAAGCAUUCAUUAUCAACUGUUACUUUAAAUACGUUUUUAUCUUGAAAAUCUUCUGUAUGCUUGAGGUGCAUUUACCUUACCUUGUAAAUAAAUGAAAUGUUACGCAACGGCGAUUCAGAUAAUGUUAAUAGAAAUCCAUUUUUUUAUAAGUUAAAUGUCAAUUCAACAAACAACAACACAGACAGUGGGGGAUUGAUAGAGCCCUUUUUAGAAACACUUAGAAUUAAGCAAAAAUCUGUAUUAAUAAAUAGCAUUAUUUUGUACAAUCUAAAUUGUAUUCUUAUGUAACAGUAGAAACGAAACAACUAUGUACACAAUCGUAAGUAUCAAAAAUGAAACAGAAACCUUAUCUUAAGCAUAUCAAAAUUCUUCUUCCUUUCAAAACGCUCUACUAAAUCGUUUCCGAAGAUGUUAGCUGACCAGCAUGGUUCGUUAGCAAUAUCUCCGCCUGGUGUUAGUAAAACCGCUUAUCUAGGCAUUAAAAUUCUAAUUAAAUUAUGGAUGCUAGCAUCCGCUUUAUCUCGGGCGUCCACCACUCCAUGGUCAUCGUAGGACCCUGAUAACCUCCCUCCCUCCCGCUGUGUGGUUUGAGGUGUGGAAUGUAGUCUGCCAACGAACAAAUGGGCUAGAAUUGAUCCUAUGUAAGGACAAAUAUCUCUGAAGCACCUCCCGACCUUCCAAACCUAUCUACUGAUCAUAACACUACCAACCAAUAGACCACCCUUUUAGUGUUCACCAAGAAGUCGGUCAACUUUCUUAAAUGCCCCCAUCGUUUGUCCUGCUGUCCCAAAACCUUGCAAGGUGCUAACGUUUGGUUUCUUCGUCGCUCGAAGAGAAGAAGCUGGCCGGCCGGUCGGUCAUCUCUCAUCGUUACAAAUCAGUCUUGGCACGAAGCCUUUAUCCCUUAAGCUAAGCUCCUCUAGAUUAGCUGAAAAGGAACAACGGAACCAACUUUGCUCAUCCUCCUUCUUCCUACACAAGCACUUUUGCAAUCUUUGCAUCACCAGUCUCGAGAAGUGGGGGUUCUCUUCAUCCCGACACACGUUUAAAACGACACGUUGCAACGUAUGACUUUCCGUACCAUACCACCGACCACACUUAUCCUGUGGUGUUCGUAAAGUUCUCACAUUUUUCCUUCAAAGAUACUCAUCUCCUUCCAUCGUUCGGUAAAACUCAAAAUUGAAAUUAAUAGUAUGUACUCAUAGGCCCUACGACAACCCAGCCGUGUAGUGGUGAUCCUUCCUCGAAUGGUACACUCUGGAGCACCCAAAAUAGAGCACAACCCUGCCCGGUGACUUAUGUAUCUCUGAAUCAAUGUGUUUACUCAACUGAAAGAUAUCGCAAGGCAGCUGGGAAGCAUUUUGCUGAUGCAAGACGUCAAGCGGAAGGCAUAGAACCACAGCAUAACGUCAGAGUGGUGCUGAAGACAUUUGCAUGACAUUGCUUAGUCGGCAAGAGCAACAAAAAAAAUCGCUGCCUAUUCUAUGCUUAUGCCUGUGUACAAACAUGCUCCAAACGGUUUUGAAAAAUUUUAACACAUGUUUGCCUGAUACAUACUAUCGUGCAAAUUAAAUUUAAAAAACAUGUUUCAAUGGCAUUACAUAUUGCUGUUAAAAUCAGUUAAAUUGCAGAAACCUUUAUUCCUGCACGAGUCAUAGAAAAAGGCCACAUACAUUGGCUUAAGACACUCCAUCGCUUAUACAUUUCUGGUAGCCUUAUCUUCAUUUUUUUAAUAAUUAUUCCUAUUGUGUAGGAAGGAUAUGGAAAAUUUAACUACGCCUUGAGACUCGAUGCAAUCUUUCCCUUGUUCAUCACUCUGUGGACAACCCCCACCCGAUGCAAUGUGGACAAAGUAAGCGCGUUAGAAGGCCAAAAAACAUAGUGAUAUAUCCAGCAUGAAUUGAAACCUUGCCGUUGUCCCUUUCAUGCCCUUGAUAGGAUUUAUGGAUGCGUUUUGUCCAUUUCAAUAAAUUUAAAAGAAAUCAAUUAUUGCAUUGAUUUGAUGGUGAAAAACUACAAUGCAAAUGUGCAUUAACUUAUGCAAUUUCCAACCAAUUUGUAUGCAUCUUACGGAGCUUUCGCAACGACUGAGAAUGUUCACUUUGCCGGCACUUAUCAGACAGCAUGCUAACGCGCCUGCAUCUAAUAUUCUCAAAACACCUCCCUUAAUCUCAACCCACCCUAUCCCUCUCAUCCGCGCCCCACCGUUCUUCACGCUUCAUACUAGCGAUUGUGGUCGAGCUUUUGGCCAAACACACACCAACCAACCACCACUAUCGCGCAACGAUCAGCCCACGGACACGCGGAAAGACGGGGCAAGGGAAAUGGAAUGGGACGGCGCAACGAAAGCCGGCAAUGUAUGACCGGUCCCGGUGUCUUGGCUGGCGCAAGAUAAAGACGAUAGAAAGUAAACAUAAUUUAUAUAUGAAGGAAAUGGGUGGAAAAUGUUCACACAUACGUACGUGCGGACGUCGGCAGUAAAGGGACGACGGAGGGGCGGAACAGGGCAGGUUGGAUGCAAGUGCGGCAGAAGUGGCGGCAGGAAAGUGGAGAGAGCGGUAUGCGUGUGGUGGUGUACCGAAAUGGACCAGCGUCUGGGGAAGGAUCAAAGCGAAGGCCAGCCCGGCUCAUAUCAGCAUCUUUUGCUAUUGCACACGUGUGCUGGGUGAGCGCAGGACAUGAGCCGACAUGAGUGCCGGGAGAGGUAUUGUUCCCACACACACACACACACACACACAGGCACUUGCCCACACAUGUACACCUACGUACCCUGACCGAACAAGUGAUAGGGUGCUGCUGCUGCUGCCGCUGCUGCCUUUAAGUGCCGAUGAGAUAAGGCUUCUUUUGCUUUCCUUUUCUUCAACGUCAUCUCCGCCGUGUUUGAAAACACCCCCGGUGGCCCAAAAUGUCACUGGCGGAGGGUUUGGAAGGGAAGGUGGGAGAAACGGAGGCUAGCAACUCCUUACUUAGAGCAGCUGCCGUUGGUUUAGGAGGCAAAUCCUUGAGUGAAGAAAAAGGAAACUGCCUCAGACAAAAAGGCCUUUCCCUCCCCCCACUCACGUGCUACAACAAACCCCCACACUUGUAGGUGAGCGUUGAAGUUAGUCCGGGACGGGAACAACAAACGCUCCCGGAGUGCCGACGGUGCCUGCUGCCGUUUUUGCAGUCUCCGGCCCGGUUUCGAUCAGAAGUGGGCGAUACGCCUUUCAGACCAGGCACCAAAACACACAAGCACACACAUACUCGAUGGCAGCACACACACCGGAAGCUGCGGUGUCAUAUUUGAGAAUGCGGGCCAAAGCAACCAGGCGGACAGCGACGAAGAUGGAAGGGGGAAAAAGGUUUUCUUCAUUUAUGGGAUGGCUAGAAGACAGCGAUUCAUCGCUCCAAAAGGAAUGGAGAGCUAGAGCUACGGCAUAGGGGGAGGCAUUCAAAAAUAUAAAAUUAAUGGUUUAUAAAGUUUUUGGAAAAUAUAAACCUGUGUGGCCCGCUUCUCUUAUCGUUCACUGCCCGGGCGCCAAGACAUCAGUGGAGGAAUAUUGGGGAGUGGAAAAGCAUGAUGCGGUGGUGUGGCGCAUUAUCAGUAGUCUUGCGAGAUGCCAACUCACAGUCUCCCCCAGAUUUGUCUCAACCCCUUCCUCUCUCUCCCUCACACACACACACACACACACAUUUGCAUGCAUGUGUGUAGUCAAAUUUUGCAACCGAAGCGUACUGUACUGUAGCCCUUAUGGCCUGGCAGAACGGCAAAAGGCCAACUGUCUGGCAGAGAUAUGCACAUCCUUUCUCGUGUGUGUCUCCGGCUGUGAGGGUAAAACAGAGAAGCAGCCCAACCCGUUCCAGCUUCCCAUCACCGCACACUAGAGCACGGGCAGCACCGACACGGACUAAACGGUUCCCGUUUUGCUGGGAGGAAGAAGUUUUUCUUACUGAGCCAGCGCAUUCCUGCUCUUAAAUAUCCUAUUGGAACUCGCGCACCAUUAGGGUGGCGUGCGUUUAAACAGACAACGAACGGUGGCGGAACCUGGGCACGCUUCCUCCUCUCUAUUGCGCCUUAAAACUCGCAGAAGGGGUUAAUCAGCGGAUAUGUUGACGAUGCAUAAUGAAGUGUGAAAAAGCGUGUGUGUGUGUGUGUGUGUGUGUGUGUGUGUGUGUGUGUGUGUGUGAUGUGUUCCUUGGGGUUUUGGGUCUUCGGGGACCGAGCGACGAUGGCUCUAGCAUUUUAUUUAGCGCUACUGGUGGCAGGAGUAGCACCAUCAGCACGUCAAGCAAUGGCGCCAAAGAUAAGACGAUUUUGAUGGGAGACGAUCCACUGCACGGCAACGCAUUAAAAGGCUGUGUGUAUCGUUAUGUAUUAUUAUUUUUGCCUUUUUGCUCAACGAACCAACACGAAUUCAUCUUCAACACACACAGACACAGUACUCUGUACCAGUAAUCAUCACUCUGUGUACUUUAUGUGUGUACAUUUUCAUGUUUCUUAUACGAUGCAAUAAUAAAAUAUGAUUUGCACGAGCAAAAAAAAUCACCUCACUCCUAAAAAUGUGCGAAUUGCGGACACUUUUCCUCUGCGUUUGUCUAUUAUUUGUGCAAUAUCAAUGAAACCACACGCAGCAAAGAAACAUUACGUCGCACACUUCAAACAUGUUUCCAAACAUUUCAUUUCUUGCCAAUUCCAACAUUAUUAGUAGCAUCAUUACGAUGCUUAACACUACGUUUAAUUUAUUACCAAUGUGCGCCUUCCGCGCCUCUUGUUAUAAAUCCCACCCCCUGAAGGAGAAAGGAAGGAAUGCUUUUGUAUCCAUACACAACCACACACACGAGCGCGCGCCCCAUUGGUAAUUUACAUUCUCGCACACUUUAACGAUUAUUAGCGUAUUAACGCGCUCCAACGUAACCACAGCGGCAGUCGACACCGCCAGCCACCCAUCUCGAAAUCGUCCCCCCGGAAACGGCACGCACGAACCCUCCACCCCCCCACCUCUCAACUAUAUCGUAGAUUCGGGUUUGAUGAUGAAGUAAUGAUGAAGCCGCUUCUCGCCACGCGCCAAGCAGCGCGCGCGUUGAUGGCGCACUGUUAAACUUUUACACCCAACCCAAGCAGCUACGGACGGGGCGAUGGGAUGCGGUGUGUGCAGCUUGGCUUCCGCCGGCGUAUAAAUAAUGGCCGAGAAUGUAUCAUUUUCACGACGGAUUCUCCUGUUGCCGCUGGCUGGCUGGCUGGCUGGGCCGAUAAGGGAAAUUGCGCGCAAGCUUCGCCGUGCCCCGUGGGGCCGACGAUUGAUAAAGAGAGCAAGACGGGGUGGCGGUUUCGUAUCUUGCCGUGUGUUGAUGCCCGCAAGCGAAGGUAAAUGAAUCAUAAGACAUCCUCUCUCUCCCUGGUGGGAUGCUUGAGAGGGCGAAGACGCCCGACGGUGCUGUGGACGGUAAUUUAUUCCCGCCGCUCUUGGGUGAUGAUUUUUACAUUUACAUCCAAUUACGGGCCCGCCAGCAUAGGCAGCGUCGUGUUUGAAUUUGCUUCCGCGACAGUAGCAUCGUUACUGUUUUGGGUUAUUUCGUUUGCCUAAAUUGAUCAUAUUUUGGGCUUGCUUUGAUACGAAAGACGACUGAUGCUGUGCUGCGUAAAAAAAGCCUGUUGCUGGUUUUGUUAUGACGUAUUUUACAAUAAACGCAAUAAACAAACUAUAAUCGGCACCAAAACCAAUCAACAUAAAAAUGCCACAUUUCAAUAAAACCUAACAUUUUACAAAUUCCAGCGGACAGUCAAUAUUUACACUGUCCGCCAUCAAAUAGAACCGAAAGCAGAAGCAAACCUCUCCUUCCGCUGUAUUAGAAAAUGUGUUCGACGAACCGAUGGUUUGUCUCGGUUUGAAGGGUGUGCAUACGCAGCGGAGCACAGAUUAUUUAUGACGACAGCACACUAUCUCGCAUCAAGAUGCAUAGAACAAAUUUAUGAUACACAUACCCACCCGAAUACUACGGAUGGACCAUCUUUGCCAGCUUCAGCAGUCUGGCUUGUCCAAUCUCAUAUUCCCGACCCCUGGCAUGGGUCCCUUUUUGGAUGCGUUCGCCCGCUAUCAGUCUCGAGACACCUUGCGUUGCGAUGCCUUUAUUCGUUUCCGAACGCAACUGCCCAUAAUACACCGCCGAAAUUGAUACACAAAGCAGGAGGGACACAAAUCGCCAUGAUUCCGAUGAUUUCGACGAGAUUUAAAAUCCUUCAUUCGGGUGUUUAUCUUGCGCUUCAAUUUUCUUCCAGUGGCCAUGCUAAUUUUUUCACCCCGCGAAUAACUCAA